AUGUCAAGCUCAAUCAAUCAACAUGAGGAGGGUCAUGGCAUUGAUCGCCAUGAUCAUCUCUUGCUGGAUCACUCCCUUUCUGCAGAGGAUCUGGCCCUGAGAUUGGAGCAACUUCAAUUGGAGCUAGAACAGGAACGGGCAAAAUCGAGCCGUGGCCGUGGCAGCCGUCGUGAGCAGCCCUCUUCCUCUGUCUCACAUCCUCAGCAGCAACGUCCGCAUCGUCUUUUUGGAGUCCCCAUUGAGAUUGAUGCGGAUCUUCAUAAGCGUGCACAAGUGACCCUGAAUGAGAUCUUGGAACGGCUGGAGCGUCAAAAGAUGGAAUCUGAUCCCUUUGCUUACAACAACAACAACAUCAUCCCUGGCAUUGAGGACAAUGGCUUUGGUCGUGUUCGACACACACAUAAACUCAACCCAAAACUUCUGGAAAGACGUGAUCUGAGUCAUGCACAAACCCUAAGGCAGAGCCAUGGAAAUGCCAAUCUACGGCAUAGUUGA